CUAAAACCUGAUGCGAAUUCGGUUGUGGUGAUCAUUUGUUUAGCAAAUUCCAAUUCAUCACUUCCCUUUCUCCUGGCGAGCGAGCUAGCUGCUGGAUCUUCCCCAGAUCGAAGGAGCAACUAUUGUCGUGCGGCAGAGAAACCCUAGCUCCAGCACCGGGCGCCAUCCAUGGAUUACACCCAACUACCGGACGACAUAGUAGUGAAGAUAGCAAGUCACCACUUGCACACCUUUUCCCAGCUCCUCGCCUUCUCCCACAUCUGUAAAUCAUGGAGAUCCGCCGCUCUCAGCCGCCCUGACGCCCUAUUAUGCCUUCCCGGCCUCCUCUUCCCAACCACAAAACCACCCGCCGCCGCCUCAUCUUGC